GUGAUAAAAGGCCCUCCCCGCCCCCGCCUCAGCACCCAGCGCUGAGUGACUGUGAACAGGGAGCCUCCUCUCACAGUAGACCCUCCGGCUGGAGCUGAGGUAUCCACCAGGACCAUGGGGAACAACAGCGGGAGCACGGUGGACGACCUGCAGGCGGUGGAGAUGCACCUCUGGUACAAGAAGUUCAUGACCGAGUGUCCCUCGGGCCAGCUCACGCUGCACGAGUUCAAGCAGUUCUUCGGCCUGAGGGGUCUGGACUCUGAGGCCAACGCUUAUAUCGAGCAGAUGUUCCGCACCUUCGACAUGAACAAGGACGGCUACAUCGACUUCCUGGAGUACGUGGCGGCUCUGAGCUUGGUGAUGCGGGGCAAGAUGGAGCACAAGCUGCGCUGGUACUUCAAACUGUACGACGUUGACGGAAACGGCUGCAUCGACCGCCACGAGUUGCUGAACAUCAUCAAGGCCAUCCGUGCCAUCAACGGCACCGAGAACCAGGAAACCAGCGCAGAGGAUUUCACCAACAGCGUGUUCGACCGCAUCGACAUCAACGGCGACGGCGAGCUGUCCCUGGAGGAGUUUGUGGCCGGCGCUCGCAGCGACGAGGACUUCAUGGAGGUGAUGAUCAAAAGUCUGGACCUGACUCACAUCGUGGCUAUGAUCCACAGCCGCCGACACAGUGUCUGAGGGUCUCCCCUCCCACCCCCCCAUUUUGUGACGGGCCAUCUCUUCAUAACGGACAUCACCCCCCAAAACGUAGCCACCAUUGCCCUCGAACUCGUGGGGUUCGUCAGCCGACCGGCCGCAGUCGAAGCCCUUUGCUACGCUAGUUGCACAGCCAACUGUUCAGGGGUGACUUUUUGCUGUUUAAAUAAACCAAAAUGCCACAUGGGUGUGGGCCGUCAACCGUUGGGAGGGAUCCUCCUGAGACCAUCCAGAUUUUCGAGUUAUCGUUACUUGAUGAACAGCUGUACGGCCGGGCAAUCGUUGAUCUCAAAGCAUGGUUAAAAAAAGUCCAACGAAUCAGGUUAAAUAACUCAGCCUUAUCUUGGAAGUCAAGUAAAAGUCUAUUCUCCUGUAUAGAAAACCCUUCCGUCCAGAUUACUGUAAAUCUUUUCACAUCAUAUUUCAGUCUAGUUCCGAUAGAACACCUAUGAUUCUGCUGCACUUUCAUGAUCAUUUUGUUACAUUUUAGAGAGGCUUUCAACGGUCUGGGGGCUGGAAUGAUCUGAAGAGAGAAACAAGUUAACUCAGAUGAGGCUGGUCUCACGAGGCUGGUGGGAAGCACCAAAUUCAGUUGCAAGUGCAUCUUGGCUAGGGAAGGGCUUUGAUUGACCGGUCGGUUGGUAACCCAUUCUCGACUAAACGUAAUCUAAUCUAGGUCAGGAGUCAAAUCAGACAAGACAGGGACCCCUUGUGACAGGACGAGGACUGGACCUACAGCUGGACCUUCAUAUUAAAGACCAACAGCGGUUUCCAUAGUAACCACCGACAGCAGUAUCCAUAGUAACCACCAACAGCGGUUUCAAUAGUAACCACCAAAAACGGUUUACAUCGUAACCAAUGUUAGUGGUUACGAUGUAAAGCACCAAAAAUGGUUUCCAUAGUAACCACCAACAGUGGUUAACAUAGUAACCACUAACAGUGGUUAACAGUCUAUUUGUAGCUCACAUGUUGGAUUGUAAAUAAUUCAAUAAUAAUCUAGGCACAAAUUAUUGAAAAAUUGCAGUUGAAUUGUUGACAUUUUAUAAAUUGAUUAAAACCGAUCACAUUUGAACGAUUUGCGAUUUGAUUUUGUAAAGAAAAUAAUGCUUGUUUGUUACUUGUAGUUGAAUACCUUGAUAGGAAGUUUGAAUACGGGAUUGUGACUUGGUUGUGAAGGUCAACCUGGGUUAUACCGACAAAAGAUCCCAUGCUGUUGCCUAAGGGACAUACAGACCAAUAGUUUCCUGACUAUUAAAAGGCACAGUAGGCCGCCCUCCAUCUUCAGCCAGGGAGUAGUUGACCUGUGUAGUAUCGGGCCAUUCACAUGUCAGUGUCGCACCCACAUGUUGUAUUAAAUAGGAUUCAGCACAUACAGCAUAUACAAUUGGUUCUCAAACCUUUUCUACUAGUGUACGCCCUCAAGAUAUUUUUCCAGCAGAGAACCCCACAAAAAAAAUGUAAUAAACAACAAAUGUAUGUGCGUUCUA